UACACACUCCUCCGGAGGGAAGUUGUCAUUUUUCCAAAGGAAUUUGAAAGCGGGCAAAAGGCGGACGGACAAAACACCGGCCACAGUGGUAUAGGUUUUUGUUUUGUGGUCUUCCCUGAAUCAUAUAUAUUUACAUAUUUUAAAAAAACAUGACCUCGUUUGUGGCGCAGGUGUUGGCGAGCUCUGGAAAGCUCGAGAAAGAUGACCUUGGCACUAAAAUCAGCACACUGUCGCGGAGAGUGGAGGAGAUUAAGAGUGAAGUAUGUGACAUGAUCAAUAAGAAAUACGAUGAGUUCCUGCCCAGCAUGCAGAGCGCAGAAGAGCUGAUGAACCAGGUGAAUGGGAUCUCUGGCGACCUUGACACGCUGAAAUCCUGCAUUGAAAACGAGGUACAGAGAGAUCUCCGUGUUGCUGUCACUGAGUUUACAGAACUGAAACAACAGCUAGAAAAGAACACCCUAGUGCUGAGUGUGCUCCGACAACUCCAAGAGUUUGACACAGCGAUUGAAAAUUAUCACAGAGCACUGUUGGAAAAGAAAUACAUUGUAGCGGCUGGUCAUCUUGAGAAGGCACAGGGCAGUGCAAAUACUCUGAAAGCCAGAAAGGGCUGCGAGUUGAAGAUCAUGAAGGCUCUGAGCACAGAGCUGACCAUUCAGAAACAGAACCUGCUGUACCACCUCGGGGAGGAGUGGAAGAAACUGGCUGUCUGGAAGCUGCCUCCUUCCAAGGAAACCGACGGCCUGGAGUCUGCCCUCAAGACUGAGCUGCACUUGUGCUCUGCUGCACCAAAGGAAGGCAUCAGCACAGGGCCACUAUUGCCCAGUGUCUUGCAGGCUCUCUCCAUCCUUGGGGAACUCAACACCAAGAUCAAAUUUUUCAGUAAAGUGCUCCUGAAGUACGUUCUGAAGCCCUUGAUCAUGUAUCCUUCCCUCCAUCCUCUGGUGAACGAGCAGACUGGACAGAGUGUGGUCCUGAGCUUUCACUGCAUGGACACCAAACUGGAGCACCCCUCUCCUUCCACAGUUUACCUCAAACUAAACACUGUGCUGGAACAGCUCCACAAGCACCUGUUUGAUAUUCCUCUUAGUGAGCCGGUAGAAAGAAGUGGCAAAGAGUUAACUGUUACCCUGGCUGAGGUGCUGGGUGAUCUGAUUUGGGAAGAAAUGUCAGACUGCAUUAUAAGAGAGUGUUUGGUGUACUCCAUACCAGCAAACAGCAGCCAGCUGGAACAGUACGAUGAGGUAAUAAAAGAAACUGAGCAAUUUGAGCAAACGCUGAAGGAAAUGCAUUUUCUAAAGGGCAACAGCACAGACUUGUUGAAGUAUGCCAGGAAUGUCAAUUCCCACUUUGCCAGCAAGAAAUGCCAGGAUGUGAUUGUAGCAGCCCGGAAUCUGAUGACCUCAGAGAUCCACAAUACUGUGAAGAUUUCUCCAGAGUCCAAAGUCGUUGUACCCAAACUGCCAAAUCCUGGAACUGGGAACAAGGUGAAAAUGGAGAAAGCUUCAAAGACUCUUCAUAACGAGAUGAUGAAUCUGGAGAAUGAGCGGCAGCUGGACCAGCACACCUUUUCCCUGCCUGUCUGCCGCAUCAGUGACUCUGUGCAGAAACUCAUGGAACUGGCCUACCAGACCCUUUCGGAGGCUGUUGUCAGCACCCACCAGUGUGCGGUCCAACUUUUCUACACAGUUAGAAACAUUUUCCAGUUGUUCUACGAUGUUGUGCCGACCUACCACAAAGAAAACCUGCUGAAGCUGCCUCAGCUGGCUGCCAUUCACCACAACAACUGCAUGUUCAUCGGACACCACCUGCUGACUCUGGGCCACCAGUUCAGACACCACCUCCCCCAGCCCCUGUGCGAUGGGGCUGCUACCUUCGUGGACCUGGUGCCAGGCUUCAGGAGACUCGGGACGGAAUGCUUCUUGGCACAGAUGCGGUCUCAGAAAGCAGAGCUGCUGGAGAGAUUGUCAACCGCAAGGAAUUUUUCAAACCUGGACGAUGAGAGCAAUUACUCAGCUGCCAGCAAAGCUGUCCGCCAGGUGAUUCAUCAGUUGAAGAGGCUGGGGAAAGUUUGGCAAGACGUCCUUCCUGUCAACAUUUACUGCAAAGCGAUGGGGACCCUACUGAACACUGCUAUUGCAGAGGUCAUCAACAAAAUCACCAUGCUGGAGGACAUCUCUACCGAAGAUGGAGACCGCCUGUAUUCCCUUUGCAGGACCAUCACAGAGGAAGGACCCCAGGUGUUUACACCACUGCCUGAGGAAAGCAAGAACAAGAGAUAUCAGGAGGUUGUUCCUGUCUACGUUCAGAAAUGGAUGACUUUCAAGGAGCUCAUGAUAGUCUUACAGGCCAGUCUGCAGGAGAUAGUGGACAGGUGGGCUGAUGGGAAGGGGCCUCUUGCUGCUGAAUUCUCCACCAAUGAGGUGAAGAGCCUGAUCCGAGCCUUGUUCCAGAACACGGACCGGCGAGCCGCAGCACUCUCCAAAAUCAAAUAGACUCUCACAGCUCUCCACUCGCGGUGUCCUGUUUAUGUAAAUAGCUCUUCUGUACUUUAGCAACACUCUUCUUGCAAUGGGCUUAUUUUUGUUAUAAAAAAAAUGUACCUAAUUCAAUAAAACCCUGGACUUAGUCUUCUACAA